AUGGCUGUCCGAACAGCCACAGAGAGUUCGAUUCGGACCCUGUCUCUGCAAAAGGCCAACCUUUCCCAUCCUGACCGGAUAAGGAAGGACCCUGUUACCAUUUCCGAACCCACUAGAAAGACCAGCGAACGUUGUGUGGUCAUGGGCCAUGGGCAUCCGUGCGCUAUGCCGAAAGAAGCGCGAGCGCGGUGCGGCGGUAACGAGCCACAAGCGUACACUAGAGGCGGCGCUCAACAUGCCAGGCGUGCGGCGUGCCAGCAGCCCGCAGUCGGUGUGGAUCUUAAGACCGUCCUGAAAGCCAAGCUCCAUUCAGAGAAGCCGCAACGACACCGGCAGCGUCUCCGCGGCACCAGAAACGGCCGGGUGCCAGCGAGGUUACAUCAACCCGAGAGACCUGACGGUCGUUCAAGACAUGGUUUCAAGCCGCCUUGUGCCGGGGGUGUCCGAGCUUUCGAACCACAGCACUCGCACAAGUUCCCUCCCGGGAUCUGGGUCGAUGCAUGGCAGGGGUUGAAGGACGAACCCCAGUAUCCACCGCCCGCCGCCGCUGCCAAAACAACCCGUCGAGCGAACGAGCGAACGAGAAAGAGAGAGAGAGAGAGGGCGAGAGAGAGAGAGAGGGAGAGAGAGGGAGAGAGAGACUGA